UGCUUUCACCUUCUCCACCGUCUCUCUCUCUCUUUCUCCGUGAAUCGAAUCACACGCAGCGAUUCAUUUUGCUCCACGGUUUUCGAAUCUGAUCGAGAACUCUCGAUAAUUUCCGUCUGAGAGAUUAGAGAUGGCUUCGUACUAUGCCGGGCUCUUUGGAAACGAGGAGCCACACUUCCUUGAAUCAUGUUCUCUCUGCCGCAAGCCCCUUGGUCUUAAGUCCGACAUCUACAUGUACAGAGGCGACACGGCGUUUUGUAGCGAAGACUGCAGACAGGAACAGAUAGAGUCAGAUGAAGCCAAGGAGAGGAGCAGGAAGAAAUCUGCCAGAUCUCUCCGGAAAUCGGCGGAAUCCAAAGAUUCAGCUUCCGGCAAAAACGUACGGACAGGAACUCUCGUGGUGGCCUGAGUUAUGUUAUAUACAUACAUAUAUCAAGAAGCAACACUUCCUCCUCGAAGCUUUAUGGUUGUCUGUCUGCAAAAGUUUUGUUUUUUAAUCUUUUUUUCCCUUUCUGAAUCGUUUUGGGAUCUAAAUGGGUGGGGAAGUAGCAGCACUCGGAGAAUCUGACUGAUAUCCGAUAUGAGAGCUUCUAGAUUUUCUCUCUGUAUAUUGAUAUGGAGCUUGAGAAAUCAAGAGAGGUCGAUGGAGAUGCCAAAUCGUUGGCUCUGAAAGUUCUCUCUCUCUCUCUCUCUCUCUCUCUCUCUCUCUCUCUCUGUUAAAAGUGAGUUUUUAUCUUGCGAUGAAACGUUUCUCGAUCCACAUAUGAUCGAAGAAGAGUGACAAAAAAUCACCAAGAACAACCAUAAAAGAAGGCGUUUUCCCUUGGAUUCGA